UUUAUUCUUUACAGAAGGGAAACUUAAACCAAAAGAUUACUAAUCAAUCAAUGCCAAAUUAACUAAGACAACACAACUAUCUAGUUUUUCUUCAUCUUCACACGUCCCCUACGUUCCCAUCGCAAAAAACCAACAUUCUUUGAUCAAACACCAACAACAUGGCUUGAAAAUCCACGCUGAAGCUAAAAAAGAAAGAAAAAAGAAACCUGAAACUGAUACAAGAGACAGAAACACUGAAACAAUGUCUUUCUUUAUUGGUAUGAUUAUAGGAAUCUCUGUUGGGAUUGGUCUCAUCGUAGCAUUUGCUAAGUACGAGAAUAUCAGAUCCAUGCGUCGUUCUCAAUUGGCUAAGACAGUGGCAGCAUUUGCAAGAAUGACAGUCCAGGAUUCAAGAAAAAUUCUUCCUGAUGAGUUUUAUCCACCCUGGGUUGUCUUUUCACAGAGGCAGAAGUUAACUUGGCUUAAUGCUCAACUUGACAAGAUUUGGCCUUAUGUUGACGAGGCAGCAUCAGACCUGAUAAGAAGCAAUGUUGAACCAAUUCUUGAACAAUAUACGCCAGCUAUAUUUUCAUCUAUGAAGUUUUCCAAGUUGACCCUUGGUACUGUGGCUCCACAAUUUACAGGAGUUUGCAUUAUUGAAGAGGAAAGUGGAGACAAGGGUAUCACCAUGGAAUUGGAGAUGCAGUGGGAUGGCAAUCCAAAUAUUGUACUUGAUAUCAAUACAAGAGUUGGUGUGGCACUACCCAUCCAGGUGAAAAAUAUUGGAUUCACUGGGGUUUUCAGGUUAAUCUUCAAGCCACUAGCCGAAGACUUUCCUGGUUUUGGAGCUGUUUCUUAUUCCUUGAGAGAAAAGAAAAAGCUGGAUUUUACGCUUAAAGUUGUUGGUGGUCAGAUAUCAGCAAUCCCAGGCCUUUCUGAUGCUAUUGAGGAAACCAUAAAGGAUGCUAUUGAAGAUUCUAUAACAUGGCCAGUUCGGAAAAUUGUAUCAAUAUUACCUGGGGAUUAUAGUGACCUGGAGUUGAAGCCCGUUGGUACUUUAGACGUGAAGCUUGUGCAGGGCAAGGACUUGACAAAUAAAGACAUUGUCGGAAAAUCUGAUCCUUUUGCUGUCUUAUUUAUACGUCCACUACGUAGCAGGAUGAAAACCAGCAAAACAAUUAGCAACCAAUUGAAUCCCAUAUGGAAUGAACACUUUGAGUUCGUAGUUGAAGAUGCAUCAACUCAACACUUGACUGUAAGAGUCUUCGAUGAUGAAGGAGUUCAGGCUGCUGAACUCAUUGGUUGUGCUCUAGUGGCACUAAAGGAUCUUGAGCCUGGUAAAGUGAAGGAUGUAUGGUUGAAACUAGUCAAAGAUUUAGAGAUCCAGAGAGAUAACAAGAACAGGGGUCAGGUGCACUUGGAGCUUUUGUACUGUCCGUAUGGCACAGAGAGCAGUUUCAAAAAUCCUUUUAACCCUGAUUUUCAAAUGACCACUUUAGAAAAGGCCAUUAGGAGUGGCACUGAUGGAACAGGUGAUCCUAAUUCUGGAAGAACAUCUCCAAAGAAAAAUGUCAUCGUGAGAGGAGUACUAUCAGUUACUGUUAUAGCUGCAGAAAACUUGCCGGCAACUGACUUGAAUGGAAAGGCCGACCCCUAUGUUGUCCUUAUAAUGAAGAAAUCUGAGAAAAAAGCCAAGACUAGAGUCCUAACUAAGAACCUAAAUCCAGUUUGGAAUCAAACAUUUGAAUUUGUUGUGGAGGAUGCAAUACACGAUAUGUUAAUUGCAGAAGUCUGGGACCAUGACACUUUUGGCAAGGAUAAAAUGGGAAGAUGCAUAAUGACACUCACCAGGGUUCUAUUAGAAGGAGAAUUUCAAGACAGCUUUCCACUAGACGGUGCUAAAUCAGGAAAGCUGCUUCUGCAUCUCCAGUGGACACCGCAGCUAAAGUUUCGUGAUUCUUGAUCUACAACUAAAAGGGUAUCUUUUCAAGCUUUUCCAUGCAGAUAUUCUUGCCUGUUUUUCUCCUUGCAUGCAAGUGCUAGAAGCCAAUGCUACGAUUUUCCUCGAUGCUGUGUUUUAAAGGAUAUUAAAGAUUAAUGUAAAGGAAAGAAGAGGAAGAGGAUGAGGAAAGUCCAGCUAUUCUUUUCUUCAUGGCUUUCUUCAUGUCUAACCAUUUUUACCCUUUUUUUCCCUUUAUUGGAUUACAUUCUGUGAUAUGUUUAAAUUCAGAAUACAUGUAUGUGUAUAUAUGCAAUGGAGGCUGAUGAUAUUUGCAGAUAAGUUUUGGUCAUUCUUGGUAACAAUCUUUAAGAGAUGGAUUAAAUGCUCCA